AUGUCCAAAAUAUUCUCGCUUCAGGGACGAGGGCUCAAGCUCAAUACACGCGCGGAUAUCGAGCCUCACUUGAAGGAUGUCCCGACCACGAUCGAGGAGAUUCAUUUGGGAGGCAACACGAUCGGUGUCGAGGCAGCCCAGACUCUCGCCGAGUUUCUCUCGAAAACGACCGCCUUGAGAGUAGCCGACUUCGCAGACAUCUUCACCGGUCGUCUGAUCAGCGAGAUCCCGCAAGCCCUCUCCGCCAUCUGCGACGCGCUCAUCCCCAAGACCACCCUCAUCGAGAUCGACCUCUCCGACAAUGCCUUCGGUGGGCGCUCUGUCGACCCCAUGGUCCCGUUCCUCACCAACAACCGCGCGUUCCGGAUCCUCAAGCUUAACAACAACGGCCUCGGCCCCGCCGGCGGCGCCAUCGUCGCUAACGCGCUCCUCAAGUCCGCCGAGCUCAGCACCGCCGCUGGCGAGCGCUCCAACCUCCGUACCGUCAUCUGCGGUCGCAACCGCCUUGAGGAUGGUGCGGCGCCCGCGUGGGCUGCCGCGCUCUCCGCGCACGGCGGCCUCACCGAGGUCCGCAUGCCCCAGAACGGCAUCCGCAUGGCGGGCGCUGCUGCUCUCGCGCACGGCCUCGCCGCCUGCGCUGACCUCGAGCACCUCGACCUGCAGGACAACACCUUCGGGGAGGCAGGCUCUGCGGCGAUGGCGACCGCACUCCGCUCGUGGCCAUCCCUCCGCCAUUUGAACCUUUCGGACUGCGUGCUCGCGGACGAGGGGAGUUCGGUGUCGCCUGUGCUGGAGGUGCUCGUUGGCGGCUCGAACCCGAAACUAGAGACGCUCCUACUGCAGAACAACAACCUGGAGACACAGUCAUACGCACUACUUGCAGAGGGCCUCGAAGUGCACCUUCCGGUGCUCAAGAUGCUGGAGGUGCAGUGGAAUGAAAUCGAAGAGGACGAUGAAGGGAUCGCGGCGCUGCUUCGGCUCAUGAAGAAGCGAGGAGGGAAGAUAAUUCUGGAUGAUGAGGAAGAGGAGGAGGAAGAGAAAGAAGAGGAAGAGGAGGCGAAGGCGACCGAAGUGGACAAACUCUCCAAGAAGGAUGCGGCAGACAAGGAAGCAGACGAACUCGCAGACUUGCUCGGCAAGGUCCAGAUCAAGUCAUGA